AUGUCACUAUACUCAUCAAACAGCGGCGUCUCGACAGGAAGCUCGCCUGCCCAAAGUUCGGAUUCCUGCGACUCCAUCUGGGCGGGAUAUCAGUGUCAACCUCAGAUCUCUCAUUUCUGGGGCCAAUACUCACCCUACUUCAGUGUGCCCUCUGAGAUUUCAGCCAAGGUCCCCCACAACUGUGAGAUCACGUUCGCUCAAAUUCUCUCACGUCAUGGUGCCCGAGACCCGACCGCGUCAAAGACGAAAGUGUACAAUGAGACGAUCGUACAGAUCAAAGCGAACGCGACGGCCUUCAAUGGCCCAUCCGCCUUUCUUGCCAAUUACUCGUACACCCUGGGCGCCGACCAGUUGACCACUUUCGGGCAAGAUCAAAUGGUCAGUUCGGGCAUCAAAUUCUAUACCCGUUACGCGUCAUUGGCGAGGACAGUAAAACCAUGCAUUCGCUCAUCCAGCGAGGACCGAGUUGUCGAAUCAGCUAUGAACUGGACGGAAGGCUUUCACACCGCUAAACUGGCAGACAAGUCUGCCGCCGGCGGGGAUCAAUAUCCCUAUCCGAUCGUUCUGCAGUACGAAGGGGAUGACCUCAACAAUACGCUGAACCACGCAAUCUGCACCGAGUUCGAGAGCGGCACAUACAGCGAAAUCGGUGACGAAGCUCAAGCCGCUUGGGCUAAGAUCUUCAUCCCGCCAAUCCAGGCACGUCUCAAUGCCGACUUACCGGGUGCAAACCUCAGCAUUGACCAGACCAUCUAUAUGAUGGAUCUCUGCCCUUUCAAUACGGUAGCGGAGGAGGACGGCCUUAUCUCUCCCUUCUGCGCGCUCUUCACUGAGCUCGAAUGGGUCCAAUACGACUACUACGAAUCACUGGGCAAGUACUACGGCUAUUCAUACGGCAACCCGUUGGGCCCAACGCAGGGCGUCGGCUUUGUGAAUGAGCUCAUUGCAAGGCUAACAGACACGCCUGUCCAAGACCACACGUCGACAAACCACACUCUGGACGACAGUCCUGCGACGUUUCCCCUCGGCCGAAAGUUGUACGCUGAUUUCAGCCACGACAACGACAUGACCGCCAUCUUCUCCGCUUUAGGGCUCUACAACGACACCUUGCCAUUACCGAAUACCACGGUCGUCGAGGCUCAAGCUGCCUCUGGAUACAGUGCGUCGUGGACCGCCUCGUUCGCCGCCAGAGCAUAUGUCGAAAAGAUGCAAUGCCACGGCCACCCCGAGGAACUGGUGCGUGUGAUCGUGAACGACCGCGUCCAGCCUUUGACACAGUGCGGAGGUGAUGAUUUGGGUCGGUGCUCGCUGACCAACUUCGUUGGAAGUCUGGGGUUCGCAAAGGCCGGAGGACAUUGGGAUCAGUGCUUCGCCUGA